AUGCCUAACUUCACUAGAAUAACAAAAUUCAAUCUUACGGAAUUUUCAGAAAUCCAGGAGCUACAGACUGUCUGUGGAGUGUUCUUCUUGGUAAUGUACCUAGAAAUCCUGAUGAGUAACUUCCUCAUCAUCACUCUAAUUACCCUGGAUCUGAAGCUCCAAACACCCAUGUACUUCUUUCUUAAGAAUUUGUCCCUGUUAGACAUUUUCCUUAUGUCUGUCUCAAUCCCAAGUUUCUUUGUCAAUAGUAUAACUCACAUCAAUUCCAUUUCUAUUCUAGGUUGUGCCUUCCAGAUAUUUUUCAUGACUUCCUUUUCAGCAAGUGAGACAGUUAUCCUGACUGCCAUGUCCUAUGAUCGCUACAUUGCCAUCUGUUGUCCCCUGCACUAUGAGUUAAUUAUGAGUAGUUGUACCUGUGUGUUGAUGAUGUGUGUUUCCUGGGCUACUGGGCUACUAUUUGGGAUUCUAUACAUAGAUGGCAUGUUUUCCAUGAAUUUCUGUGGCUCCAAUGUGAUCCUACAGUUUUUCUGUGAUGUUCCCUCAUUGUUAAGGAUUUCCUGCUCUAAAACUCCUGUGGUCAUUUAUGCAAGUCUUGGGCUUGGUAUGUUUCUUGGCAUGUCUUGCUUUAUCUGUGUGGUGAUCUCUUACUUUUACAUUUUCUCCACUGUGAUGAAGAUUCCUACAACUAAAGGUCAGUCCAAAGCAUUUGCCACAUGCAUCCCCCACCUCACUGUUUUUACAAUUUUCAUAGCUACUGCUUGUUUUGUUUAUCUGAAGCCACCCUCAAAAUCACCAUCAGUUGCAGAUAAACUCUUUUCUGUGCUCUACACUGUGUUGCCUCCAGCUCUUAAUCCUGUGAUCUACAGCCUGAGGAACAAUGACAUUAAAUGUGCUCUAAGGAGGUUACAGAAAAUUCUCUGCACAUGA